AUGUGCGGUUUCUGCCCUGUAGAAGAUGUAACUGCAGUCGCUGCAUUCACCGGUGCUGUAUCCACUAUGGCCAAGCAUAUGCAACAAAACCACCGUGGGUUGAAUCAUAAUCAGUACACCACUUGUCAUGUACAGCAGCAGUAUUCGGGCCAAACAAUUCCAUCAACCAUCACGAGUGAAGGUGAUGCACUAUUCGAAACCUUUUUGUGCGAGAAUCCUGAGUUUGAUGAAGGGUUCAAUCCUGAUGCCACCAUUGGCGAUUCCCGGGUCUUUUCUCGCUUCUAUGAGUAUGUCAACUGGUUUGACUUGGUAGUGGAUGUCGCUGGUGCUGACACAAACGAAAAUAGGCUCCUGCUGCACGACUGGGUCAACGCAAGAGCCCCCAGGCUUAAUGAUGAGGUGGUCCGGUUUGAUCUGGACCUAAAGAGCCUGCUCCAACUGUGGGUCUCCGUGCACUUAACGUCAAAUCUGUGA